AUGGAAACAAGAUCUGCCAAGAGACAAAAGCUUCGUGAUCUCAACAAUUCAUGGUUCCAAAACAACAACACGGGCCAAGAUCGAAUAUCCGAUCUGCCCGAUGCUGUUAUUCAUCACAUUCUCAUCCUUCUUCCCCUCAAAUCCGUUGUUCAAACGAGCAUCCUAUCGAAACGAUGGCUAGAUCUUUGGUAUACCUUCCCAGAUCUUGAUUUCACCACCAUUAUUUAUAACAAUAAUAAUGUCACAUCACCAUUAUCAAAGCGUGAUGAUCGCUUAAUUAAGAACCUAGGAAAUGUGAUCACCAAUAUUUUAUCUCUACGUGACAAGCUUUCCGAUGUGAGGCUCCUUCGUUUCAAAGCGUCUAUGAGCUUUUCAGGCCUCCAUGCAUUGAUCCGUAACGCGGUUAGGCUUAGAGUUCAAGAACUUGACAUUAAGAUUGACACUAAUGACAUAUUUAACUUCCCUAGAAGCAUUACAACCCAUGAUGGCUUAAGAGUUUUGAAGGUGAAAGCUGAUCCUGGUUUUAGGUUACCUCCAUCGAGAUCAAUGAGAUUCGGGUUUCCAACCCUUCAAAUACUCUCACUUUCCGACGUCUGCCUAGAGAAACAACCGACAUUACUUGAUAUGUUCACGGAUUGUGUAUUUCCACAGCUCAAGAAACUACAUCUGGAUUCUUUUCACCGUCUAGAACAGCUUCGAAUUGAAGACAUUGAAGGUUUUGACAUGCUUUAG